UCUUUCUUCACUAAAUCCAUAGGGCGAAAACCGAGAUCAUGGCUCAAGACAAGAUACAAACUCCACUUGUGGCUCAAACGAUCGAUGAAAAACACGAAAGCAACAAAUCGAGCAACUUCAUGGUUUAUCUUACCACAUUUGUUGCUGUUUGUGGUUCUUUCGCCUUUGGAUCAUGUGCGGGUUACUCGUCCCCUACUCAAUCGUCCAUCACACAAGAUCUAAAUCUGUCACUAGCCGAGUAUUCGUUAUUUGGCUCAAUCUUGACAUUUGGUGCUAUGAUCGGUGCUAUAACAAGUGGACCGAUUGCUGAUUUCGUUGGUCGAAAAGGGGCGUUAAGGAUAUCAAGUGCUUUUUGUUCUGCCGGAUGGCUAGCGAUUUACUUUGCAGAGGGGCUUGUGGUGUUAGAUAUGGGAAGGUUAGCAACAGGAUACGGGAUGGGAGUGUUUUCGUAUGUAGUACCUGUGUUCAUAGCGGAAAUUGCUCCAAAAAACCUACGAGGCAUGUUGACAGCAGCGAAUCAGCUUAUGAUUUGUGCAGCUGUGUCGCUUUCUUUCGUGAUCGGGACGAUGAUACAAUGGAGGAUCUUGGCAUUGAUAGGGAUGGUUCCAUGCGUUGUUUUGGUGGUCGGAUUGUUUUUCGUACCUGAGUCGCCAAGAUGGUUGGCUAAGACAGGAAACCAAAAACAGUUUUGGGUUGCGCUUAGGAAACUUCGAGGGAAAAAUGCUGAUAUAUCUGAUGAGGCCGAUGAAAUCCAGGAUUACAUAGAAACUCUAGAAAAGCUACCCAAAACCAAACUAUGGGAUCUUUUCCAAAGAAGAUACUCAAGAUCUGUCAUUAUAGGCGUCGGGUUAAUGGUUUGUCAACAAUUUGGAGGAAUCAACGGUAUCUGUUUCUACACGAGUAGCAUUUUCGAGUCUGCAGGAUUUCCUGGUGAUCUUGGAACGAUAAUCUACGCGUUAUUACAAAUAGUGGUUACCGCGUUAAACGCACUUUUUCUAGACAAAGCCGGUAGAAAGCCGCUUUUACUGGUUUCGGCGACUGGAUUGGUUUUGGGAUGUUUGACGACAGCACUCUCGUUCUACUUGAAGACUUAUGAAAUUGGACUCUCAACAGUACCAGCACUUGCAGUUACAGGCAUUUUGUUGUAUAUAGUCUCGUUUUCGGCUGGAAUGGGAGCGAUUCCAUGGGUUAUAAUGUCCGAGGUAUUCCCGAUCAACAUAAAAGGAGCGGCUGGGAGCCUCGCGACUUUGGUGAACUGGUUUGGUGCAUGGGCAAUCUCGUUCACUUUCAAUUUUCUCUUGAGUUGGAGCUCAUAUGGGACAUUCAUCAUUUACGCUGCAAUAAACGCGGGUGCAAUUGUGUUUGUGAUAAAGAUGGUACCUGAAACAAAAGGAAGAACACUAGAACAGAUACAAGCUGCCAUUAAUGGCUAGAAACGAUGCUAGAUAUAAUAAAAAGUUUUUUACGUCUUGUUUCAAUUUCAUUUUUUAAGUGGUUAGUUGUUGAAUAAUGUUGUGGUUUUCAUUUUGGUUUAGUUUUCCCGUAGUGCUUUUGAGAAAAGAUUCAAAUAGAAAAUCCGUAAAUUUAAUUCAAAUAUCUUUAAUGUGCAA